GAGGGAGACCCAACGACGGCGGCAGCAACUCCAGCACCGAGGAGACCGACCACGAGGCCGAACCAGCGCAGGCCCCAGCCCCGAGCAACGGACCCACCGAAGAGUCCUGGGCAGCUCUCGGGAGCAUCGACCUCCAACAAGAGCUACGGAGAUUCGUGUCGACACUACAGAACGUGCCACGUUUCCUGCGCGCGGAGACCCGGAUGGCGUUCACCACGGCCCUGAAGAGGAUCAAGCGAGGACCGUCGGGGGUCCGCGUUGAGCACCUCAAGCCGCUGCUGGAACACGAAGAGCCCAUGGACCUGCUUGGAUUCGCCGCCGCUGCCCUCGCGGAGUUCCACGCUUGUUCCGCACGCAACACACACUACAGGGACAACGUGCUCAUGCCCAGCCUCACCAGGGCCAACCCGGCCAUGCUAAGGUCAGGCUCAGGACCGAGGGCCGCCUACUGGCUUCACACCUUACCCACCACCGAGGGGCACGUGUUCAAGCCCGCGCGGUUCCUGGCAGCCCUGCGCCGGCGCCUCAGGCUCCCGCUGCCGCUCCUCCCGCACACGUGCGGGGCAGCCGCCCACCCAGGCUGCCGGGCCCGGCUGGACACGCUGGGAGACCACCUAGCCGCGUGCCCACGCACGGGGCUUCUCGCCAGACGCGCGAAACCGCUCGAACGAGCUUGGGCGAGGGUCGCCAGAGAAGCAGGAGGGAGAGUUGUCCCCCAACAGCUGCUGCGGGACACUAACGCCGUUCUCCACAACCCGCUGGACCGCAGACAACUAGACCUAGUCGUCUACGGCAUCUCGCCGAACGGCGUCCCGCUGUGCUGCGACAGCACCAUGGUGUCCCCCCUCCGCAGGGACGGCUGGCACCGGCCGCGCACCUUCGACACCGACGGCGCCGCGCUACUUGUGGCCGAAAAGGUCGGAGGCAGGUGGGGCCGCGACUCCCUCCAGCUGGUACGCCUGCUUGCCAAGCAGAAGGCGCGAGCCGCGCCGGCCCUCCUCCGCCGCUCCGCGGAGCUCGCGUACACCAACCGCUGGUGGGGGUUCCUGAACGUCGCGGCCCAGGACUCGCUCAUGGCCACCCUGACGGGCGACGGCUACCUAGCCUUGGGGGGAGCCGGAGGGGUGAGGCUGUCACUCCGUUUCCUUCUGGCCCAACGGGCCCUGCCGGCAACCAGGGUACGGGGAGGGGGGGAGCAGAGGGCCGCAGGAAGGGGGGGAACGGACGGGGCGGUCAGGGAUCGGCGGCACGCUGUCCUGAGUCGCGUGCGGCUGAGCCGCCUGGGUCUCGGCUGUUAGCCUCGUCCGACACAGGGCGGACAGGGGGCGGGUCUGCCACGUCCGUCGGAGUAGGCUGUUCUUACGCCGCACCGUCGGUCGGUCGGGGGGGGUGGGCGGCAAGACCCGCUGUCGAUGCUGCGCUGUGGCUGACGGCUGUCUCUUCUGGUCCGUUUCUCGCGCCUCGCUGCAGGGAGGUCCCUGGGAAGGCUGCAACCUGGUCGUCGUGGCGCAGCCCGCUUCUGGCCUACGGGCCCUGCGACUCUGGGUACGCGAAGCGUCAAGACUUGUUCUGCCUCCGACAAGUGAGAGAGGGGGGGGGGGGAAUUCAAC